GGUGCAUUGUGGGAAGUUUGAAAGAUGGCGGCGCCCACAAGGCGGACUGUGUUAGGGCUGGCGAGGUGCUGGCGGCGGUUCGAGAGACCCUGGAGUCUGAAUUCUCGUAGCUUGACCCUUGCGGCUGCACCGUCGAAUAGAGCAUCUCCAUGGCGCCUGUUGGGUGCGUUGUGCCUGCAGCGGCCACCGGUGGUCUCGAAGCAGUUGACCCCGAUGCAGGAAGAGAUGGCAGCUCUGCUACAGCAGAUUGAGAUAGAGAGAAGCCUGUAUUCAGACCAUGAACUUCGUGCUUUGGAUGAAGCCGAGCAACUGGCAAAGAAAAAAGGUGACCUUUAUGAAGAAGAAGAUGAGAAGAAUAUAUUGCUGGUACAGGACUUGGAAGACAUGUGGGAGCAGAAAUUCCUGCAGUUCAAACCUGGAGCUCGAAUAACAGAUGCCGACGUAAAGAAUGACCGAAGCUCGCUGCACCGGAAGCUUGAUAGGAACCUUAUUCUGUUGGUCAAAGAGAAGCUUGGAGACCAGGACGUUUGGAUGCUGCCCCAGGCCGAGUGGCAACCCGGGGAGACCCUCCGCCGAACAGCUGAACGAACCCUGGCCACACUCUCAGAAAACAACAUGGAAGCCAAGUUCCUGGGAAAUGCGCCCUGCGGCCACUACAAGUUCAAGUUCCCCCAGGCAGUGCGGAUGGAGGGCAGCCUCGGGGCCAAGAUCUUCUUCUUCAAAGCCCUGCUGCUAACCGGAGACUUUUCCCCGGCCGUGGAGAAGGGCCGUCAUGUGUGGGCCAGCAAGGAGGAACUGGGUGACUAUUUGAAGCCAAAAUACCUGGCCCAGGUUAGGAGGUUUCUCUUGGACCUCUGACAGACGAGCUGCCUGUGGACAGUGCUCGGACAGGUCUGUGAGCGGGCCUCAAGGACGUGGUGUGUGGCCUCAUCUCUAUGGGAAUAUCAAGCAGCAAACUAAGUUCUGAGAAAUAAACGGGUUUACCGUUG